GUGUGUUUAAUAGAGAUGGCAGACAGCACAGGGUGUGACUCCAGGGAUAUCAAGGCACUCUAAGUGUGAAAGUGUGAGAAGAACUUAGCUGAGCAAAUUCAAAAACCUUUUGCACAUUAAUUGAUUUCUUUCUUUCUUGAGAUUUUGUGCCACACUCUCCGACACCACUAGCACCAAUCAUGAGCACAAGCAAGUCUCUUAAAAGGAGUGAGAAGGAGAAAUGCGAAGUUCAGGAGAAAGUGUCAGAAACAAGAGCUCCUACUACAGAAGCGGCUCCUGGCGCUCCAGCAGGUGUGUUUCAGGCUCCCGGGAAUCUUUACUCGGCCAUUCUGAGCCGCAACGAAGCUGUCAAAGAUGCCAAGAGACUGAAGGACUUCCUGGAGCUCAGGGACAAAUACGUGAGUAAGAAGGUGCUGUUUAAAGAUCCACUGUUUCCUGCGGACGACUCGUCUCUUUACUACAGUCAGAAGUUCCCUCUGAAUCUGGUGUGGAAGCGUCCCUCGGAAAUUUGUGACAAUCCUCAGUUCAUUAUUGGAGGAGCAAACAGGACGGAUAUUUGCCAGGGUGACCUGGGUGAUUGCUGGUUCCUGGCUGCAAUUGCCUGUCUGACUAUGAAUGACACCCUUCGGUACCGAGUCGUUCCACCAGACCAGAGCUUCACUGAGAACUAUGCUGGGAUUUUCCAUUUCCAGUUCUGGCGCUAUGGUGAGUGGGUGGACGUUCUUGUGGAUGAUCGACUUCCCACAUACAAAAACCAUUUGGUGUUUACUCGGUCAGGGAAUAAGAAUGAGUUCUGGAGCGCUCUUCUGGAGAAAGCUUAUGCCAAGCUGCAUGGCUCCUAUGAAGCUCUGAAAGGUGGUAACACAUUGGAGGCCAUGGAAGACUUCACCGGAGGAGUAACAGAAUACUAUGAGAUCACAGACGCACCCAAAGAAAUAUACAGCAUCAUGAAAAAAGCCUUGGAAAGAGGUUCACUUAUGGGGUGCUCCAUAGAUGUUUUGGUACCAUCUGCUAGAGAGACCAAAACUUCUACAGGUCUAAUGAAAGGCCAUGCUUACUCAGUUACGGGUGUUGAGCAGGGUAAACAGCAUGACGGCAGGGACACUCGCAUCCGUCUGGUCCGUAUCCGUGACCCGUGGGGAGUUGCUCCUCCACCAUCUUGCAAGUCUAAUGACUGGACAAAGCUUGGGACUUCUGAGCAAGAAAAACAGAAACUCAAGCCUGUUGGGCCAGGAGAGUUUUGGAUGUAUUUUGAGGAGUUCCAGAAAACCUUCACCAAGCUUGAGAUCUGUAACCUGACCCCUGACACACUACAGGAUGACAAAUUGCUCAAAUGGACUGUAUCAGCAAACGAGGGCCGUUGGGUGAGAGGCUGCUCUGCUGGUGGCUGCAGGAAUUACCCAGAAACCUUCUGGACAAACCCUCAGUAUCGGCUGCGUCUCACUGAGGAGGAUGACGAUGAGCCAGAGGACGGAGAAAAGGGCUGCACCGUGGUGGUGGCACUCAUGCAGAAGGGCAGGAGGAGAGAGAGCUACGCAGGAGCCAUGCUGCAUGCUAUUGGCUUCGCCAUCUAUGAAGUUCCAAAGGAGAUGCAUGGCAACAAGCAGCACCUUCCCAAAGACUUCUUCCUUUACAACGCUUCCAAAGCUCGCUGCAAAUCCUACAUCAACCUACGGGAGGUGACGGAGCGUUUCUGUCUGAGUCCCGGAGAGUACCUCAUCAUCCCGUCCACCUUCGAACCUCACAAGGAGUCUGACUUCCUCCUCAGGGUUUUCUCCGAGAAGAAGAGCACUUCGGAGUUGAUGGGAGCCGUGAUUGAGGCUGAACCAUAUUUGUUGGAACAGGACAAGAAGAAAAUUAAGCUCUUUGAAGAGGAAGAGAGCGAGGAGGAGAAACAGUUCAGGGCCAUUUUUCAGCAGAUUGCUGGAGAUGAUAUGCAGAUCAAUGCCAAAGAGCUGAUAAGUAUCCUCAACAGUGCACUGAACAAAUACAAAGAGCUGAAAGCAACAGGUUUCAGUCUGGACAGCUGCAGAAGCAUGAUAGCGCUCAUGGAUACUGAUGGAACGGGAAGAUUAAACCUGCAAGAGUUCAAGCAUUUAUGGAACAAGAUCAAACAGUGGAAGACUAUUUUCACUCGCUAUGAUGCGGACAAAUUCGGCAGCAUCAGCAGCUUUGAGAUGAGAAACGCUCUUGCCGAUGUGGGUUUUCAGCUCAACCCCCAGCUUCAUGACAUCAUUGCAAUGCGAUAUGCCAAUGAGCAACUGUAUUUGGAUUUCGAGAGCUACAUUUGCUGUUUAGUGCGACUCGAGGGAAUGUUCAGGGCUUUCAAAGCCUUCGACAAGGACGGAGAUGGUCUCAUCAAGCUCAGUGUCCUUGAGUGGCUUCAACUGACCAUGUAUGCAUAGUGAUCAGAACAACGUGGAUAAAACACAAGAAUGAGGAAAUUUCCAUCUUCCACUCAUGUACGAGGACUGUGGAGCAAUGACUGAAAAUCAACUUUUAUAGCAGAUGUUACAUCUUCUCUGAAAAACAGCACUUUUUUGCUAACUGUGAUUCAUUCUGUUUCUGUAACGCGGUGCUUUGAUUUAUGAGACUGUGCAGUUAUUUUAUUCCCCUUUUUUUUCAUUUUUAUCUGUUUCCAAGAUGGCUUUUGAUGGCUAAUGGGAAAUAUUAGAACCGCAAUUCCAAGUAUAUAAUUAAUGACUCAA